AUGCAAUGCUACACGGAGCUGACACCUCCUACAGCUGUCACACAUUCUUUGACUCUCCCAUUCUUGUCGGCAGAUGCCAGCAACCUCGUCGUCGCAAAAGCCUCAUUACUACAAAUAUUUACAAUUAAGACUGUGUUCGUGGAUUUGGACCAACGUUCUGGAAAGGAUACUUCGGCAGUGAACGAUCCCACAAGCAUUGAUGCUAGGGUUCAUGAUGCCGAUAGGGUUCAAGCUGCAUUCCUUGGCGCAGAUUCAAUUUUGCAACAAUCCGAAUUAGCUCAGACGACGAAACUUGUACUUAUAGCCGAAUAUAACCUUUCGGGGACGAUCACAUCUAUUGUUCGAGUAAAAACUAUAUCCUCGAAGACUGGUGGUGAAGCACUUUUAGUGGGAUUCAAGGAUGCAAAGCUUAGUCUGGUAGAAUGGGACCCAGAACGACCUGGCUUAUCAACGAUAUCAGUCCAUUUUUAUGAACAAGACGAACUACAAGGAAGCCCAUGGGCACCAAGUCUUGGAAACUGUGUCAAUUAUCUUACAGUCGAUCCGGGAAGCAGGUGUGCUGCACUGAAAUUUGGAGCUAGGAGUCUCGCGAUUCUGCCUUUCAAACAAGACGAAGAUGUUAAUAUGGACGAUUGGGACGAGGACUUGGAUGGUCCUCGCCCUACAAAUUUUUCGACAAAGACUACAGCGGAAAAUGGAAACCUCGAUACCCCGUACGGAACCUCUUUCGUUUUACGAUUAUCUUCACUCGAUCCGAACCUCAUACUCCCAAUCCACCUAGAAUUUCUAUACGAAUAUCGAGAGCCAACUUUCGGCAUUCUCUCUUCUACCGUGACUCCAUCAUCUGCUUUGCUACAAGAACGCAAAGAUCACUUGACAUAUAUGGUAUUCACCUUGGACAUACAUCAAAAAGCGUCAACUACGAUUCUUUCCGUUGGAGGCUUGCCGUACGAUCUCUUUAGGAUCGUCCCACUGGCCCCGCCUGUGGGCGGAGCUCUGCUUGUCGGUACCAAUGAGCUGAUACAUAUUGAUCAAGCUGGUAAAGCUAAUGGUGUGGCGGUCAACAUCUUCGCGACGCAAUGUACUAGCUUCAGCCUAUCGGACCAGUCUGACCUUGACCUACGGUUAGAAGAUUGCAAGAUUGACCAACUAUCUAUUGAAAACGGAGAAAUGCUCAUCAUACUACAUAGUGGUGAUCUUGCCAUUCUGAGCUUUCGAAUGGAUGGAAGAUCGGUCUCUGGUCUAAGUAUUCGGCGAGUGACUGCAGACUUAGGCGGCGCCAUAUUGAUUGGAGCAGCCUCAUGUGUAAGUUCUCUUGGAGCAGGAGCAUUAUUCGUUGGCAGUGAGGUAUCAGACUCUGUCGUUCUUGGCUGGAGUCGGAAGUCAGGCCAGCCUUCGCGGCGGAAAUCAAGGCUUGACAGUUCAGCAAUGGUAGACGUUGAUGAAGCCAUGCUUGAUGAAGAGGAUUUGGAAGAUGAUGACGAUGAUUUGUACGGUGACGGACCCACAGUCACUCACGCGGCUGGAAGUAUUACAGCUUCGAAUAGUAAAGAUGGAGAUUACGCCUUUAGUAUACAUGAUUCUAUGAUCAACAUAGCUCCCAUCACAAACAUCACAUUCGGAGAAGCAGUAUUGAGUUCAGGUAAGGAAGAAGAGCUCAAACUCAACGAUGUCAAGAGCGAACUUCAGCUUGUAGCUGCUGUCGGUCGUGAAAAGGGAGGUUCUUUGGCAGUCAUUAAUCGUAAUAUACAACCAAAAGUCAUCGGCCGAUUUGACUUUCCAGAAGCUCACGGUAUAUGGACCAUGAGCGCAAAGAGACCGGCACCGAAAGGAAUACAGGCCAAUAAAGAGAAGACAACCAUAAGUGGCGAGUGUGGCGUUGAUGCCCAAUACGACAGAUUAAUGAUAGUCUCCAAGGAGGCCAAGGCUGAAGAUGCUGUUGAUGAAUCUGCUGUAUAUGCAUUAACGAAUGCCGGAUUUGAGGCUUUGACAGGAACAGAAUUCGAACCAGCCGCUGGAUCCACGAUUGAAGCCGGAACACUUGGCAAUGGAAUGCGAGUUAUCCAAGUCCUAAAGUCUGAGGUUAGAAGUUAUGACGGUGAUCUUGGCCUUGCACAAAUAUUGCCGAUGCUCGACGAUGAAACUGGAGCAGAGCCGAAGAUCAUCAGUGCAAGUUUUGCAGAUCCAUUCCUCCUACUGAUAAGAGACGAUGCGAGCAUUUUCGUUGCACAAUGUGACGACGACAAUGAUCUUGAAGAGAUAGAAAGAGUUGAUGAUACUUUGCUUUCUACGAAAUGGCUGACUGGUUGUUUGUAUGACGAUCAUAGCGGAGCUUUCUCCAAUAGUAAGUCGAACAAGGCCGGGGGAAAUGUGAAGAUGUUCUUGCUGAGUGCUGGUGGAGCAUUGCACAUUUACGCUCUACCUGAUCUUUCUAUGCCAAUUUAUGUGGCGGAAGGAAUAUGUUUCGUGCCCCCUGUUCUUUCGGCAGACUAUGCAGCAAGAAGAUCUGCAGCUCGGGAAACUUUGACAGAAAUUUUAGUUGCUGAUCUAGGAGAUUUCGUCUCUCGGUCUCCCUAUCUUAUUCUGCGACCUUCGAACGAUGAUCUUACCAUCUACGAGCCUUUCCGCGUCAAGUCUGCGUCUCCAGAUCUUCUCUCGUCUACACUCCAGUUUUUGAAAAUACAGAACACUCACCUGGCGCAGAAUCCUGACGUGUCUGCUGAAGAGCAAGCAGAUGGUGCUCAACAGACCAGUGACAAGCCAAUGCGUGCUGUCUCAAACCUAGGUGGAUACAGUGCUGUUUUUAUGCCCGGUGGUUCUCCAAGUUUCAUCAUCAAGAGCUCUAAGACAUUGCCAAAGGUUCUCGGCCUGCAAGGAACAGGAGUUCGCAGCCUAAGUAGUUUCCAUACCGAAGGUUGUGACAGGGGAUUUAUCUAUGCCGACACGGAAGGAGUCGCCCGCGUAGCGCAACUUCCUCCAAAUACCACGUUUGCUGAGAUUGGAAUGUCUUUGCGAAAAGUUGAUUUAGGCGAGGACGUUCACGCAGUAGCAUAUCAUCCACCGUUGCAGACUUAUAUCGUGGGCACCAGCACUUUCACCGACUUCGAACUGCCCAAAGAUGACGACAAUCGCAGGAGUUGGCAACACGAGGAUAUUGCCUCCAAACCAUUGAUUGAGAAGUGUUUUCUUAAAUUGAUUAGUCCAGUCAACUGGUCCGUCAUUGAUACCAUCGAGCUUGAUUCCUGCGAGAUUAUAACCUGCAUCAAAACCUUAAACCUUGUGAUAUCAGAAGUCACCAAUGAGCGCAAACACUUGAUCGCCGUUGGAACAGCCAUAACCAAAGGAGAAGACCUCGCCACCACCGGUCGUCUCUACGUCUACGAUGUCGUCACCGUUGUCCCCGAACCCGGUAGACCAGAGACGAAUAAAAAGCUGAAGCAAAUUGCCGCCGAAACCAUCACCCGUGGCGCUGGUGGUCCCGUAACCGGUCUUUCUGAGAUCGGUACCCAGGGCUUUAUGCUUGUUGCACAGGGCCAGAAAUGCAUGGUGAGAGGUCUCAAGGAAGAUGGCACGAAUUUACCAGUCGCAUUUAUGGAUAUGAAUUGCUUUGUCACGUCUGUCAAGGAGCUUCCUGGUACGGGCCUAUGCGUAAUGGCGGAUGCCUUGAAGGGUGUUUGGUUUGCCGGAUAUACGGAAGAGCCUUAUAAGAUGCUACUUUUUGGGAAGAGUGCUACGAAGAUGGAAGUAUUGUGUGUGGAUUUGUUGCCAGAUGGAAAGGAUCUGUUUAUUGUGGCUGCGGAUGCCGAUGGAAACUUGCAUAUCAUGCAAUAUGAUCCUGAACAUCCCAAAUCCCUCCAAGGUCACCUCCUCCUCCACCGCACCACCUUCUCCCUCGGCGCCCACCAUCCCACAACCAUGACGCUUCUCCCCGCUAUCCGAUCCUUACCUCCAUUAACCACGGCCUCCACACCAUCUCUCAGUCCCUCUCCCCAAGAAGAAUCCCCCUCCCCUUCCCAGCCCCUCCUCUUCACUUCUCGUACCGGCACCCUUGCCAUUCUUUCCCCCUUAACUGAAUCCCAAUACCGACGUUUCGGCACCCUAGUCUCUCACCUUACAAACACACUCUAUCAUCCCUGUGGCCUCAACCCCAGAGCAUAUCGAAUCGAUAAAGAUGCAAAUGAGGGGAUUGUAGGAGGAAGAACGAUUAUCGAUGGAGGGAUUUUGGGCAGGUGGAUGGAACUUGGGAGUCAGAGGAGGGGAGAGGUGGCUGGACGAGUGGGAGUUGAUGUUGCGGAGUUGAGGGAUGAGUUGAGUGGGUUACUCGGGGGUGGUCUGGGAUUUAUCUAG